AUGCCUGGAAGCUACUACUUCGUUAUUGUUGGCCACCAUGACAACCCGAUCUUUGAAAUGGAGUUUUUGCCGCCUGGAAAAACUGAGUCCAAAGAUGACCACCUUCACCUGAAUCAGUUCAUAGCCCACGCUGCACUCGACCUCGUCGAGGAAAAAAUGUGGCUGUCGAACAACAUGUACUUGAAAACGGUAGACAAGUUCAACGAAUGGUUCGUCUCGACCUUUGUUACGGCGGGCCACAUGAGAUUCAUCAUGCUGCAUGAUGUAAGACAGGAAGAUGGAAUAAAGAACUUCUUUACUGAUGUCUAUGACUUAUACAUAAAGUUUGCAUUGAAUCCAUUUUAUGAACCCAAUUCUCCUAUUCGAUCCAGGGCGUUUGACCGAAAAGUUCAAUUUCUUGGAAAGAAACAUCUUCUAAGCUGA